AUGCUUUUUUACCAUCUCUGUCAAGCAGCUUACGCUUCAUUGGAUCUAUCUACCUAUCUAUCUAUCUAUCUAUCUAUCUAUUUAUCCCAGAUGCUGGGUGAGACAAACUCCCCACUUACCUUUUUGGUAACUGAUGACACCAUUGAGACAUUCUCUCUCCUCCGUGGUCCAAUAAAGACGCAAUCACAGAAAAUAUGUUUGCCUUGUGAAAUGGAAAGCGAAUUCUUUUUCUUUUUAUUCCGUAAAAUUUUCGUACAUAAUCUUUAUUGUUUCUUUUCUUCGUUUUCUUUCGUUCUUUUGUUUUUCUUUCUUUCUUUCCUACUUUCUAUUCUUCUUUUUCCUUUUUCUUUUCUUUCCUUUUCCUAUCUCUUUCCUUCUUUUGUUUUUCUUUCUUUCUUUCCUACUUUCUAUUCUUCUUUUCCUUUUCUUUUCUUUUCCUUUUCCUAUCUCUUUCCUUCUUUUGUUUUUUCUUUCUUUCUUUCCUACUUUCUAUUCUUUUUUUUUUUUUCUUUUCUUUUCCUUUUCCUAUCUCUUUCCUUCUUUUUGUUUUUCUUUUCUUUCUUUCCUACUUUUUAUUCUUCUUUUUCCUUUUCUUUUCUUUCCUUUUCCUAUCUCUUUCCUUCUUUUGUUUUCUUUCUUUCUUUCCUACUUUCUAUUCUUCUUUUUUCUUUUUUCUUUUCUUUUCCUUUUCCUAUCUCUUUCCUUUUUUUGUUUUUCUUUCUUUCUUUCCUACUUUCUAUUCUUCUUUUUCCUUUUUCUUUUCUUUCCUUUUCCUAUCUCUUUCCUUCUUUUGUUUUUCUUUCUUUGUUUCCUACUUUCUAUUCUUCUUUUUCCUUUUUCUUUUCUUUCCUUUUCCUAUCUCUUUCCUUCUUUUGUUUUUCUUUCUUUCUUUCCUACUUUCUAUUCUUCUUUUUCCUUUUUCUUUUCUUUCCUUUUCCUAUCUCUUUCCUUCUUUUGUUUUUCUUUCUUUCUUUCCUACUUUCUAUUCUUCUUUUUCUUUUUUCUUUUCUUUCCUUUUCCUAUCUCUUUCCUUCUUUUGUUUUUCUUUCUUUCUUUCCUACUUUCUAUUCUUCUUUUUCCUUUUUCUUUUCUUUCCUUUUCCUAUCUCUUUCCUUCUUUUGUUUUUUUUUCUUUCUUUUCCUACUUUCUAUUCUUCUUUUUCCUUUUUUCUUUUCUUUCCUUUUCCUAUCUCUUUCCUUCUUUUUUUUUCUUUCUUUCUUUCCUACUUUCUAUUCUUCUUUUCUUUUUCUUUUCUUUCCUUUUCCUAUCUCUUUCCUUCUUUUUUUUUUUUUCUUUCUUUCUUUCCUACUUUCUAUUCUUCUUUUUCCUUUUUCUUUUCUUUCCUUUUCCUAUCUCUUUCCUUCUUUUUGCGUACAUGUUUUUGCUUUUUUCAUUAUUUUCUUUCUUCUUUUUUUUCCUGUUAUUCAUUUUCAUGAUUUCUUUCUCUUCCGUAUUUUCUUUCUUUCUUUCUCUCUUUCAUUUCUUUUUUUUACAUUUCUACUAUCUCUUCCCGAUGUUAAUUUUCAUGACAACAUGAAACUGAAACUUGCCUUCGUCGCUCUCGCUUCUCGUCCACUUACGAAAUCUCCUAACUUUAAUACCAGUCACUUAGAGAAGCAAUAA